AUGUAUUUCUCAACUUCUUUGAUCGCUGCAGCAGCAGCCCUCCUCGCUGCUCCAGCCAACGCCCACAUGGACAUGAGAACUCCUUAUCCCUAUGGGCCGAACAGUCUGAACAACUCGCCGCUCAUGAACAACUUGGCAGACUUCCCAUGCAAGCAGAGACCGGGAGUCUACGACCCACCAGCACAGGAAAACAUCUUCGCCAUCGGUGAAGAGCAGACUCUCAGCUUUAGAGGAAGUGCCGUGCACGGCGGUGGUUCAUGCCAGGUCUCUCUCACAACCGACAUGAAACCCACCAAGGAGUCAGUCUGGAAGGUCAUUCACUCAAUCGAAGGUGGCUGCCCUGCAAAUGUUGAUGGAAACCUGCCCGAGGAUCCCAAUGGCAGUGGAGCUUCGCAGUUCAAGUUCAAAGUUCCCCCCAGCAUUGCUCCAGGCGAAUAUACUCUUGCUUGGACCUGGAUCAACCGCAUCGGCAACCGUGAAUUUUAUAUGAACUGCGCUCCCAUCAAGGUUACCGCGUCCAAGAAACGAUAUGCUCCCACACCAAUUCAGGAGCCAAGAAGCCUCAUCCCCCUUGCUAAGCGUGCCGACCUCCCAGACAUGUUUGUCGCCAACAUCAACGACUGUAUCACUAGUGAAGGUGUCGAUAUCAGAUUCCCCAACGCCGGUGAAUCUGUCGAACGUCCUGGCUCGCCCCAAAACCUGUUGGCAGUUGGCAAGCCAAUUUGCAUGAUGAAGGAUGGAAGCAACGGCCCAAUGGCACCUGCAGAUGGCGGUAGCUCUCCUAGCCCAAGUGAUGGUGACAAAGGUGGCAGUGGAGGCAACGGAAAGGACGGAGGCGAACAAGCUCCUCCAGACGCAUCCAAACCUACCAACGCUCCUGGUAUCUUCUUGCCAUCCGCCGCUGUUCCUACGUCUGCUCCCACCAGUGCUCCUGCUCCCGCAGACCCUCCAGCCCCAGCAAAUCCUCCAGCAGAUCCUCCUGCAAACCCGCCUGCUGCACCCCCAACCCCAUCCAGCCCACCUACCGGUGGUGACGGCGGCGCCGGAAAGACCGGUCCCUGCACUGAAGAGGGUGCGUGGAACUGCAUCAACGGAACUUCCUUCCAGCGCUGCGCCAGUGGGCAAUGGUCACCAUCUGUCGCCGUGGCAGAGGGCACCAAAUGCACCGGAGGGAUUUCCAACGAGUUGAAGCUGGAUACCGUCAAGAGAACCGUGCACUUGCACCGUCGUCACGCCCAUGCGGGGCCUCACAAGAUCUAA